CAGGCAACAGGCAUGAUGUAUGGAGUUUGCUUGAGCUGAUUGCUGGAGAAUUAUCAGUCGCUAUGGGUAUUCAGGUAUUUUAUCAUCAAGUCUAUGUGGUCUCAACAAUGUAAAGCUGGUUGUUCAGAUCUGGCAUUGCGACAUGAGGUAGACAUUGUAACUGUGGAAUAAAGGAAUUCAGGAGGAUGGUUGUAUAGAUCAACAUUGUGUACCUGACACUUGGGCAUGUUGGCAGUGGUUUAUGAUCAACUGGACAUGAACUGUGUGUACUGACCCUCACUGGACAGGUGUACUCCUACACUGGAUGGGUGUACUCCUUCACUGAACGUGUGUACUCUACACUGGAUGGGUGUACUCCUACACUGGAUGGGUGUACUCCUACACUGGAUGGGUGUACUCCUACACUGAACGUGUGUAUUCCUACACUGGAUGUGUGUAUUCCUACACUGGAUGUGUGUACUCCUACACUGAACAUGUGUAUUCCUACACUGGAUGGGUGUACUCCUACACUGGAUGGGUGUACUCCUACACUGAACAUGUGUAUUCCUACACUGGAUGGGUGUACUCCUACACUGGAUGGGUGUACUCCUACACUGGAUGUGUGUAAUCUCAUAUCCUGGAUGAGGCCCUUGUUGAUGGUGGUAAAGGGCCAGGUAUGGACAUGGUGAGGUAUGAUGUCGUCUACCCUAGUGGAGACAGUUUCUAUCAACUAUGAAGACUUUAAUGACAGUUUCCUUACCUGUGGCACAUGCCUGUGCAUGUAUGACUCUGUGGAGCACAACCCCAAACUCCUCCCGUGCUCGCACACUGUGUGUAAGGGCUGCCUAGAGCGCAUUAUAGCUGCACAGACCCUCGACACAGGGUCCUUCAGAUGUCCAAUAUGUCGAGAGACCAUCACCUUGCCCCAGGGUGGAGUGGGGGCGUUUCCGGCCAGCUUCUUGGUCAACCAGCUGCUUGAUCUUAUGGCUAGCCAGAGACGCGAUGUUAUCCCGAAAUGUUCAGUCCAUUCCAACCAGGAGUUACUAUUCUGUGAAACCUGUGAUAUUGUUUUCUGUGUGCGCUGCACCGAGGGAAACCAUAAUGGCCGUGGUGCAAGUGAACAUACUGUGAUUCCAUUUGCCAUUGCUAUAAAGAGAAUGUCGGAGAUACUUCUGUACAAGGCUCAUCUGUGCAUCAAGAACCUGAACAAUGCGUAUGAGAAUGUGUCCCAGGAAUUGCGGAGAUUGGAGCUGUCGGUUGACAAAACUCUGGACCAGAUCAACCGGUCAUUCCAGGAUGUGAUGGCUGUUGUUGACAAGCGUCGACACGAGUGCUUGCAGUGGGUCCGCAAGAUCCGUGAAGAGAAGAAAAAGAUCCUCAAUGAGCAGCUGGAGCUGAUUCAGCAGGAGAAGGAGAAGGUCCAGAGGGAGUGUGAUGGUCUGCAGUACCAGGUGGAAGUACGCAACAUCACCAAGAAGAUCGGAGAUCUCAACGAGAAACUGGACACGACAACUACUCUGGCUGAGCCUCGUGAAAACUCCUUUCUGAAAUACGAGCACAAGCAUAAUGACGCACUCAAGGAAAUUUCCAAAGCUGUUGCCAUCUUUGGCAGGAUCAAAGUCAGCACAACCUUCCCAGCUCUGUCGUCAGCAAAGUUUAAAGAAGCUACGACUCAUCUUCGCUCAGGGGUCAAGAUUGUCACAGUGGAUUACCAUGGCAACCCCCGAACAAAUGGUAGUGAUCCUGUGAUAGCAGAAAUGCGCACAGACAAAGGUGACCUGGUCGACACCAAGGUUACGGACAAUGACGAUGGGACGUAUGGGAUUCAGUUUAUACCACCAAAAUCUGGUAAACUGAAGCUCUGCGUCAGCAUAUUUAAUCGGCCAAUCAAAGACAGUCCAUUUUCAAUUGAUGUCAGUGAUCAUAUAAAUCCAAUAUGGAAGUUCGGAUCUCGUGGCACAGGGAACAUGUGUCUUGUCCAGCCUGUAAGAAUCUCAGCGGAUCAGUCGGGAACAAUAUAUACUCUUGACACGGGUAACAGUCGGAUCAGCGUUCUCAACGCUGAGGGCGAUUUCUUGCGUCACAUUGGGCCUGCUGGCCUGGAGAACCAGAGCGCAACAGGCCUUUGCCUGAUGCCGGACACCAACCUCGCCGUCAUCAACUGGAGAACAAGAUGUGUGUCCAUCCUCGGCAAUGAAGGAGAACUAAUCAAAAAGUUCACGGCGCAGGAGUUUGUGGAACCAAUCGACAUUGCAGUCAACAGUAAGGGUAACAUCAUCGUGGCGGACAGCGGUGCCGGGAAGGUGUUUAUAUUUGAUCCAUCCGGCAUCCUUCUGACGACAUUCGGCAGUCGAGGUGAUCGGGAUGGACAGUUCAAGCUGAUAUCAUCGGUAGCUGUUGGCAAGUGUGAUGAAAUUCUAGUCACUGAUCACAGAAUCCAAAUUUUCACAAAGGACGGUAAAUUUUCCCGCCGAUUGUCCGACUCUGGAAAGGGUCAGUAUGGGGGCCUAACUGUGGAUGCUGGAGGCUUCAUCCUCGCCACCAAGACGGAGAAGGGGAAGAGUCUCAUCCACGUGUUGAAUUCCAGUGGCAAGCUGCAGUUCUGUAUCGACAGCAUUGAGGACAAGUUGAAGCGACCGAGUGGGCUGGCGACACUUCCUGACUUCCAUGUUGUUGUCGCCGACUUGGGCAACGACUGUGUCAAGAAGUACAGAUACAAAUAGAUAUAUGCACGGUCUCCACGAGGAGAUGAGCACCAAACCAAAGGAGAUACAUGUGUUAAUAUUAAGAAAUUAAUAUAUUUGUGUUUUAUUGUGUGUAUUCUUAUUGACGUUUUAGAAUGAGUUUUGUGAGUCAGUUAUUCUUGGCUAGAUUGUGAGAGGCUGUAGUUGCCAGAGAAAACUGUAGGAGCUAGGUUGGUAUGCAGAUAGCUUGAAAUGGCUACUUCAGCUGCAGGAAACAUGCUACUACAGCUGCAGGAAACAUGCCACUACAGCUGCAGGAAACAUGCUUCUACAGCUGCAGGAAACAUGCCACUUCAGCUGUAAGAAACAUGCCACUACAGCUGCAGGAAACAUGCUACUACAGCUGCAGGAAACAUGCCACUACAGCUGCAGGAAAAAUGCUUCUACAGUUGCAGGAAACAUGCCACUUCAGCUGUAAGAAACAUGCCACUACAGCUGCAGGAAACAUGCUACUACAGCUGCAGGAAACAUGCUACUACAGCUGCAGGAAACAUGCCACUACAGCUGCAGGAAACAUGACACUACAGCUGCAGGAAACAUGCUACUACAGCUGCAGGAAACAUGCCACUACAGCUGCAGGAAACAUGCUACUAGUCAUGCUACUUGCUGCUUGAACAGAGACGCUAAGCACAAACUAGAGUCCUUGCCUGCAUCUAGGGGGGAGCAUCAGUUCCUGUCCAUUACAGUGAUGUCACUAUUGCCUACCUAUAGAGAAACACAGACCAUGAGUAGGAGCAUCCCGGGCUUGCAUCCAGCAAGGUUGUGUCGGACAGCCAAGCCCUGAGACAUGUCCUGUGGGAGGAUUAUUUUAUUUGUUGGAUCAGUCACCAGUCACACAUCUUAGAAGAUACAGGCACACAGAGACCUCAGCCUAUCCCUGUCACUUGCCUAGAAGUACCUUUCAGUUUCCAACUUUUAUAUAAGUGUGCAAAAUUUGACAUUUCUCUGAACAGUAUCAAGGACAAGGGAGAGAACCCUAGAAGUAUUGUGGAGUGAGUGAAUGAGUAUGGUUUUACGUUUUUAUUAAUAUUCCAACAAUAAUCAAAAGUAACUGUUCAAUUUUGCAAAAUAUUGAUGCCGAAUUGGGUGCUGUAAAACUGUUUUUAUAUCUGUUCAGAUGCUGAAUUAUCAUGAAAUAAGUCCUUAGGGUGACUUGUCGACAGAAUAUUUCUUUCUCAUGUUUAAACGAAAAUAGGUUUAUCUGGUGAACAUGGUCAAUGAUCCAACAAAUAAGAAAACAAUGAUCUUAUAUAGAAAGGACCAGUGACAUGAAUCAUAUAUCCUCGCUAGGUUCCAAGUGGUAUUACUUUGCAGAUAGCAGAGCAGCAGAAUGUAUCAUAGUGAUACAUGCUUUGUACUAUUAGAAGUGUCCAUGUGUCCAUUGCUUGGAGACAAGCAGGAACUGUGACAGACAUACAGCUAGAGGUUCCUGGCUGUCUUUAGUAGGUUCAAGUUGAUCCUGCAGCAACUUGUUCACUUAGUCUAUAUAAAUAUGAUAUUCUAUCACCUCUCGAUCAGUCUUAGGUUGUACUAAAUUUCUUCAAAAUGGAAUAGUCUUUCAGUUUGUCAAUUUUGUCUUCUUGUCUAGAGAUGAUUAUUCUUGAAAUGGUACAUACUUGUCUAGAAAUGAUUAUUCUUGAAAUGGUACAUACUUGUCUAGAAAUGAUUAUUCUUGAAAUGGUACAUACUUGUCUAGAAAUGAUUAUUCUUGAAAUGGUACAUACUUGUCUAGAAAUGAUUAUUCUUGAAAUGGUACAUACUUGUUUAGAAAUGAAUAUUCUUGAAAUGGUACAUACUUGUUUAGAAAUGAUUAUUCUUGAAAUGGUACAUACUUGUCUAGAAAUGAUUAUUCUUGAAAUGGUACAUACUUGUCUAGAAAUGAUUAUUCUUGAAAUGGUACAUUCAUAUAAUCUUUAGAGAAGUAUGUUGUGCUGAAUGACGUGACAAACUUGUAGAUGUAUGCUCUGCCAAUGAGAUGAAACGACCAGGCACACCUGUUGGGAGGGAUUCAGCACCAGUAUGUUACAUGGAGGUUUAGGAGCUGGUACGUCUUCCAUGUUCAAGGAUAUAUCUUCAUUCUAUUCUCUCGUGUUUCUUUUGGCAGUGACGUACCUCACCAUUUUAAGCUCUCGUAGCACCAACUUAGCACGGGAUUUCUCUUACACAUGUUUGUAAUUUGAUUCAACUGCUAUUUUUAGUGUCAUGUAAUUUGAAUCAGGCACUAAACGAUAUUAAGGUGAUGAUUGUAGCGGUUGGGUCCUGGUUUUUGGAAUGGAGAUAUAAUACCCUGGAUUAUCAAGGAUGGAGAUAGUAUACAGAUACAAUGUUUUGAAACUUAGUUUGAUUUAACUCGAGGUGGUUUUGCCUUGUGUGUGUGUCUUGAAGCUAGACCUUCAGAUCCAGGGUUAGGAACAAGAGGGAUGUGCACGCGACCCAUGUCAUGCUGUAAUCAUGGUCAUGAACGCUUGAUGGGAGUCGAAUAAUGGGGUGCACAUCCCCCAACUCCCUCCGGAUCCACCAGUGGUGAUUGGAUUAAGCUGAGGAUAAUCCUUAAGGUAUUAAUCACACAGAAGAUAAUACAAAGUAAAUGUACUCCAUGUUGUUGGUGAAGUCCCCUCUACCUGCUGUGCUUGUCCACUCUGCAGAUGUCUCUGAGGAAUCCUAAAAUAUCAAACGUUAUGCAAUUUGGUGUUGAGCUAUGUACCUGAAGUGCUAUUUUAGCUUGGCAAUGAUUGAGGCCAUGAUUGAUGUUAGAUUUUUAAUGUACACCUCUGAGGCAUGCAUAAUCCUGGGUUUCUUCCUGAUGGUGUUUUAGGUUGAAUCUCUGUGUUUUACUGUAGUGUGUUCACAUUUAGAAGUAUGCAUCUUCACACAUAAUGGGGUUAGGUGGGAACACUGGCAUGUUUGUGUGUAAAUUGGUCCCCACACAUGUAGCAGCAAACACCUAUUGUCACAGAUGUAGGCGCAAGCACCUGUUGUCACAGAUGUAGCAGCAAGCACCUGCCGUCACAGAUGUAGGAGCAAGCACCUGUUGUCACAGAUGCAGCAGCAAGCACCUGCCGUCACAGAUGUAGGAGCAAGCACCUGUUGUCACAGAUGUAGAAGCAAGCACUUGUUGUCACAGAUGUUGCAGCACAUGUCACAGCAGCAGCUGUUGUCACAGAUGUAGCAGCAAGCACCUGUUGACACAGCAGCACCUGUUGUCACAGAUGUAGCUGCAAGCACCUGUUGCCACAGAUGUAGAACCUGUUAUCACAGAUGUAGCUCCUUUUGUCACAGAGGUAGCAGCAAGCACCUGUUGUCACAGAUGUAGCUACAGCACCUGUUGUCACAGAUGAAGCAGCAAGCACCUGUUGUCACAGACGUAGCAGCAAGCCCCUGUUGUCACAGAUGUAGCCUCACACGUCUCACAUACAAGGACUAUCUAACUAGGUAUUUACCAUGGACAGUGUGGUCAAAGAAACAAAGAUAUGUGAAGUGUGUAGCCAAAUGAACUUUCAAUGUCUGUUUGUGCCUAUAGUCCCUUCCAUCAGUGUAAGAUAAUAUUCUGAAAUGAAUGUGCCGUAGAAUUUGAGGAAACUACUGAUAAAUGCAGUUAUUCAUUUUUCCGUAUUUUAUAUUUUUGGUGACAGACUGCCAAGUUUGCAUCAGGAUUAGCUUCUUUGGUAAAUGUGUGAGAGAUUAGGAUCUAUGUGAUCACUCUUCUAUUAGGACCUAUAUGAUCAGUGUUCUAUUAGGACAUGUCACUCUUCUCAUUAUACAACCAUGGAUAUCGCACAGAGUACGAUUAGAGAAUUAAUGGACAAACAUUGAUGCUGUUUACCAGUUUUUAGUUGUCAUAGUUACAGUAAACCUCACUGACAGAUACUUAGGAUUAGAAGGGUAUUAAGUGCAAUGUUUAACUGUCUGCAUUCAGUCUGUAUUUUAUUCUGCAUGUUUCUGACAUAAUACCGGACCUUCCUUGUAUGCAGACUGUUCUUACAAGCACCUGCAUACAGGCCACGACACUGGCAUAUGAAGAGCAGUUUAUUAUACAUGGAGUCAAAGUUAAAGCCUUUGGCUGAAAAGAUUAAUGCUGUUAAUUGUAACCAAGACCAUUUUGCUUAAAACCGUCAUAGAUUCAGCUAGGUACUGAACAUUUGGUCAGUUGUUAGCAGUCUGUGAAUCUCUGUGCAUAUAUUCAGACUAGGAAUCUGAUCACCAUUUGGUCAGUUGUUAGCACUCUGUGAAUCUCUGUGCAUAGAUUCAGACUAGGAAUCUGAUCACCAUUUGGUCAGUUGUUAGCAGUCUGUGAAUCUCUGUGCAUAGAUUCAGACUAGGAAUCUGAUCACCAUUUGGUCAGUUGUUAGCACUCUGUGAAUCUCUGUGCAUAGAUUCAGACUAGGAAUCUGAUCACCAUUUGGUCACUUGUUAGCAGUCUGUGAAUCUCUGUGCAUAGAUUCAGACUAGGAAUCUGAUCACCAUUUGGUCACUUGUUAGCAGUCUGUGAAUCUCUGUGCAUAGAUUCAGACUAGGAAUCUGAUCACCAUUUGGUCACUUGUUAGCACUCAGUGAAUCUCUGUGCAUGGAUUCAGACUAGGAAUCUGAUCACCAUUUGGUCACUUGUUAGCAGUCUGUGAAUCUCUGUGCAUAGAUUCAGACUAGGAAUCUGAUCACCAUUUGGUCACUUGUUAGCAGUCUGUGAAUCUCUGUGCAUAGAUUCAGACUAGGAAUCUGAUCACCAUUUGGUCACUUGUUAGCAGUCUGUGAAUCUCUGUGCAUAGAUUCAGACAAGGAAUCUGAUCACCAUUUGGUCAGUUGUCAGCAGUCUUUGAAUUUAUAUACCAUAUUUGCUGUAAUAAGCACUAUAGGCAGUUGGAAAAUUUACAACGGGUUCACUUAUUACAACCAAAUCAACAAACAAAUCAAUUUGUUUUCUGAGAUCGGGUGGUAGUGGAGAAACUUAGUUUAAAAGUCCAUGAAACAAAAUGUUGCAUUGAUAAUAGUUACUAGGCACUACUAUGCACAAGAAAAUAUGGAUUGUCGAGCAAAUGUUCAGUCUACUGAGGGGGUGCAGAUAAAGCUUACUUACAGAUAGGUCUAUGGAAGCACUUAUUGGCGCUGGGUUCUUCGUACAGCGAGUACGGUUCUAGGUUCUGAGAUCCCAUCAGUGUAGGGCUAAGGAAUCACUUAUCUUUUACAGUCUAACAAAUGUCUUUGUUUUUACCUACUUUGAGACUUUGGGUUUUUAAUUCUUUAGAUAUAUGUAACAAAUGAGCUAUAGUAUAAUGCCUUUCUCAUAUUGAGGAGUGUCAUUGAAAUCCAUUGUUAAUUGUCUGAUGUUUUCAGCAUGACAUCAUUCAGUAUCCACAUCAUUGAUUCACUGUGUAUGUACUGGGACAUAUAUUUCCCAUCAUUUGUAUAAGAGCGUGUGAACUAGUUGGCCCUGUUAUGUAGGACUAUGGUAUAUUAGAUCGUGCAGGGCGCAGGAUGACCAAGUAGGGGAUGCAGGUUAUAUACUGGAGAGGACACAGAAGGACCAAGGGUAUGACAUUCAACCUCGUCCUGUUGUUUGUUUUAUACUAUGCACAUGAUUAAUGACAAUCUUUCAACUCGUAGAUCUGUAGCAUGUGGAGUGUCCUGGCACAUUCAGUUUGGGAAGGUGGCAAAACUAGCAGGGAUUUAUCUAGGCAAUUUGACUAGGAGUCCGAACUAAAUGCCCUUGGCUGGCAAUUGGUAAAAAAUCUUGUUUUUUUCCAAACGUUCCUAUUUUAUGAAAUUCAGAGUAAUUUUAAUGUUGAAUUUGGAACAUUACAUUCAAUGCAGAAAUGUGACAGUAAGCGCUAAAACAUCUUCCUGCCUAUUGGUCUUUAUUGGUAAUACAAGUCACUUUACAAAGCCAUAACAUUAGUCAUGUCUGCAGUUACGUCCAUUGGGAAAUGUUGGAUUCAGUUUCGGAAUUGCUGCUGACCUUUGCUUUGAGUGGGCUGAACAUGGCCUCGAGCAGGUCCAGGUAGAUCCCUGUCUAGUCAGACAUCAGAGGUGCCAAACCUGUGUGUUCAUACAUUUUUCUAUGUGAAUUUUUUAAGUAAUGGACAUGAUUAUAACUUUCUGUACAAAUUAUGUGUUCCAAAUCUUGUGUCGCUUGAAAUCAAGAUAAUGAAAUAAGACCACAUUUUCAAACUAGUAAUCAUUUGUUUGUAUUUGAACCCAUUUUUUUGUUGUUCAUGUGGUUUAAUAAUUGAAGUGAAUGUUUACAAAAAGUGCUCCACAGUUGAGAUAGAAGCUACUGAGGCUACGUUUACGUCCUUUACAUCUAUGUGCCUGGCCGCAAUACCUGCAGCUGACUCUCGGGCCAGCACCAUGUAUUGACCUUGAUAGGUUACACAUUAUCUAAGUUUAUAUGUUCUAUUAAUUUAUACACAUCAGUAAUAUGAUUUAAGCAAUUUGCCUUUGCCUUUCUGACAAGCGUCUUUGAUCAGCAUGUCUAUUUGUCCUACUUCCUUUUGUUCAUACUAGCGCUGUAACGUUGCAAGGGCAUCAGCGCCCAGUAUCUCCAACACACUUUUAUUCCAUCAGCACAUUUUCUUCAUCACACGCAGCAUGAUGUAGGACUACAGUGUUCAUGUUUUAAUUCAACACAACUCUUGCAAGUCCCAACAAUUCAUUCAAGGCAGUGGAAGGACAAUAGUCUUGGUUCACAGGCAGUGAGGGAGGCAUGGUCAGCACCAGGGAUCUAUUAGCUAUGCAGAGUUGCAUCCCUUUGGAUCACCAGGAUGUGGGUUGGAGAUCCGAGACUCGCCCCGAUGAUGAUCAAUAGUCCAUCAGUAAAUACCUGUGCUUAAGGUUCACCUCUGUACAUGCCCACGUUGGCAUCAGGUUGGGCUUUCUUCUUGUUCAGCAGACAAACAGUUGUAACUCAAAUAAACCCAGCUCCCACGAUGAAUUCAGAAAAUUUUGUGAUGUAUAGCGUCCUUUAAAUUUGAAAAAAUUCACCUGUUUGUGAAUAGAAUUAUCUCAUCAAUUUUUUCGUGUGUUUUAAAAAAUGAAAUGCUAUUAUGCAGGGGUGUUUACUGAUCCAAGACCUGAGAACCAAGAGUAUUUUAUCAAUCCUAGUUUGCCAUAAGUUUUACAGCAAUAAUUAGUUAUGCUAGAAAAUUAAUUAACGAAAUGUGAUAUAGUAGUUUCAGGAGUUUGAUUCAGUUUGACUCCGGUCAUCUUGAUUUGCAGGUCAAAUUAAGUGCCAUAGAUUCCACUGUGUUUUCAGGAAUUAACUCCUGUAGGGUGAAGUCACCUGUUCUUGUCAAUCAGUCUCACACAUAUCACCUGUAGUAAGCGAUGGCCACUUUUCUUUGCAUAGUUGAAUAUUUGUCGUUUGUAAAUUGUCUUUGAGAUGAUCCUGUGUACAGUAAAACCCUGUUUAUUCAGAGUGCCUUAGCCAGUGGAAUUGUGUGGAAGAACCUUCAGGAGUAACCGAUGUCUGGGAAGCAUUGUCCUGUGUGUCAGUUGACAGUAUGCUGCAGGGUUGUGGACUGACAGGGUUUUGCUGUAUAUUCAUAUAUUUGUUUAGUUGUAGAUGUUUGCCUCUACUUGUUAAAAUAGAAGUGUGCAUAUUGUGUGUUCAGAUUGGUCUUUUUGUCGCUGUAUCAUGUUAAAGUGUGCAGUUGAAUUGGGUACCUAUACAGAGUUACUGCCCUUUGGAAACUCAGACUCUAUCGACCCUUUGGUCUUUGUGCCGCAACUCGCAGUACAUAGUUACUGCCCUUGGCCUUAUCAGGCUAGAUAGUCAGUGUUAGAAAUUUAAAUGGUUAAUUUUUUUAAUUACAUGCUUGAAAGGCUUUUAGAAGUUGGAAGAACACAAAGACUUUUUAUAGAUAACAACUUCUUUAUUCAUUGCUAUGACUUUUGAGGACUACUUCUUGUCUCUUCAUAUUUAGAUUAUCCAAAAUAACCUUUUGAUAUGAUGACAAGGUUUUAAUGUAUAGAAAGACAAAUACUGACACACAUAAUAUAACUUUUCUAUUUGAAAAGUGGUUUAAUCAACUGAAUGAUGCAAAAUUGUUUAUAAUUAUCAGCAUAUAUUUUUUGUGAUGUAGAUUAUGCAUGUGUUGUAUACAUGUUUAAUAUACCAGAUGUUUUAAUGUUUCUAUCCACUGUCAGCAACCUUUUCCACAAGUGCUAGCUGGGGGUUGACUUGUCAUAAUCUGCACCAGGUAGACUGUGUGAAGUCUGCACAUGAUUGACUGUUUUCUGUGGAGGACUGUUUCCUGUUGUAGGGCCCGUAAGUCUCGCAUAGUCCCGUGACCUACUUACGGGCCCUAUUGGCCUAUUUGAUAGGCACAUUGGUGAUUUUUGUUGCUUUUUUUAUCAAGUAUCUAUCUCACAGAUAGACACCUUUUAAUCCUUUCCCAAAUAAGAACCAGUUGGUCCGUGACACUCAUAUCUUUUUGCUAUUGUGUGCCAGAAGCUGGAAGCUGAGGAGGAUGUGCCAUUCCAAAUGGUUCAUAUACAUAGAACAUUCUCAAUACAAGUGACCUCAUAUUAUUAUUAUUAUUAUCAUUAUUAUUAUUAUUAUUAUCAUUAUUAUCAUUAUCAAUUAUUAAGAUAAAGAUAUUGUCUGCAGUAUUAACUAGUCAGAAAUUUGUUUUUAUUUUUCUCUGCAUUUGAAAGAUGCCUAAUUCCACAACAAUGGGCUUAUUUCUUUAAAAGGUCGCUUGCUUUUCAGAGCUCAUGAUUAGAGAGUUGACACUGCAUCAUUAUAUAACUUUAGGAGCAUCACGACACAAGAAAAUUCUGUCAAUCACAUGCCUUCAGCUAGAAAUCCUAGCAUACUGGCUUCACAAUUGCAAAUAAAGGUUCCAAUAUUGGCCCCGUGGUCUCCAUGCUGCAGCUGGCUAUACAGAGUUACUGCCCUUGGAAACUCAGACUCUAUUGGCCCUGUGGUCACCAUGCUGCAGCUGGCUAUACAGAGUUACUGCCCUUGGGAAACUUAGACUCUAUUGGCCCUGAAGUUUCCGUGCUGCAGCUGGCAGUACAGAGUUACUGCCCUAUGGAAACUCAGACUCUAUUGGCCCUGUGGUCUCCAUGCUGCAGCUGGCUAAACAGAGUUACUGCCCUUGGAAAACUUAGACUCUAUUGGCCCUGAAGUUUCCGUGCUGCAGCUGGCAGUACAGAGUUACUGCCCUAUGGAAACUCAGACUCUAUUGGCCCUGUGGUCACCAUGCUGCAGCUGGCUAUACAGAGUUACUGCCCUUGGGAAACUCAGACUCUAUUGGCCCUGUGGUCACCAUGCUGCAGCUGGCUAUACAGAGUUACUGUCCUUGGGAAACUCAGACUCUAUUGGCCCCGUGGUCUCCAUGCUGCAGCUGGCUAUACAGAGUUACUGUCCUUGGGAAACUCAGACUCUAUUGGCCCUGUGGUCACCAUGCUGCAGCUGGCUAUACAGAGUUACUGCCCUUGGGAAACUCAGACUCUAUUGGCCCUGUGGUCCCCAUGCUGCAGCUCGCUAUACAGAGUUACUGCCCCUGUGGAAACUCACACUCUAUUGGCCCUGUGGUCACCAUGCUGCAGCUCGCUAUACAGAGUUACUGCCCCUGGCCUUAUCAGGCUUUAUAGUGUUAGGUUUUGAUACUUCCUUAGGGUUUAAUGCCAGACUGCUGAGGGAAGCACAAGCCCUGCACCCACCACCUGCCUUGCUUCCUUGGUCACCUACUGCCACCUCUUCAGUUCUCAGCUUCCAUGGUCAUGCUAGGUCUUUUGCGUCUCGUUUCUACCUCGGCCCUUUUCUCUCUCAUGCUGCAGUUUUGUUUUUCUAAUUCCUGUACACACUAAGGGGAGGUAACUGUCACUACAUGACAACAUAUAUUCAUGUAAUAGUGGCCCCACCCAUUCUGUACACCGAACUCAAACCUAAAAGUGUUUUGAAGGUAUAUAAAACAAUUCUGAGAAACAACACCUUGUUUUGGUGUGCCAUUUUGGAAAAUAUUUAUUCUGGUAACAUGUUGAAUAUUAUACCAAAAUACUUCCCAUUACUAAUUGUUUGACAGGAGUCUGUGAGCUUUGGAUCAAUGUUUAUGUCAGUUAAUCGAAUAAUGUCUGUCAAGUGUGUUUUGAGAUUCAAUUGGUCUGAUUUGGAUUCCAAGGUGUGAAAAGUCGUUUCCUGGUUUACGUAUCGCAUGCUUGAUUAAUAAGGACUUCUCCCUUUCUCCAAUGAUAUGCACUGAUUUCUGUGGCAUUUAUGAAGGUAAAGCUUUCUCGAGGAAUAAAUAUAUAAGAAAUUAUUAUCAUUAUUAAUUAUAAAUACUUGCCAGCUUGCUGUCUGACAAAGAUCUGAUCAUUGCUGUCAUUAUUUAAUGCCUUGUCCUUCAUUGCCAAUGUUGUUAAUUUAUUGAAUACUACAUUUUAAUAUAAGAAUUAAACUCUUUUGUUCCAUUA